CAUGGGGUGCCUGCAGAGUGUGGCCUGCAAGGCGCGGGUGCGCCGCGAGCAGAUCGUGGUGUCGGACGUGUCGGCCACCAUCGAGCCGGCGGCCACGGCCAUCGAGGAGAGCUCGCCGGUGGUGCUGCGGUACCGCACGCCCUACUUCCGCGCCUCCGCCCGCGUCCUCAUGCCGCCCAUCGCCCGGCGCCACACCUGGGUGGUGGGCUGGAUCCAGGCCUGCAACCACAUGGAGUUCUACAACACCUACAGCGACCUCGGCGUGUCAAGCUGGGAGCUGCCCGACCUGCGAGAAGGACGAGUAAAAGCCAUCAGCGACUCGGAUGGGGUGAGCUACCCCUGGUAUGGAAACACCACAGAAACCGUGACCCUGGUUGGGCCCACCAACAAGAUCUCCAGGUUCUCGGUGAGCAUGAAUGACAAUUUCUACCCCAGUGUGACGUGGGCCGUCCCUGUGAGCAACAGUAACGUGCCGCUGCUGACCAGGAUUAAAAGGGACCAGAGCUUCACCACGUGGCUCGUGGCCAUGAACACGACCACCAAGGAGAAGAUCAUCUUGCAGACUAUAAAGUGGAGGAUGCGAGUGGACAUUGAGGUGGAUCCCAUGCAGCUGCUGGGGCAGCGGGCACGGCUGGUGGGCAGGACUCAGCAGGAGCAGCCACGGAUCCUCAGCAGGAUGGAGCCCAUCCCACCCAACGCGCUGGUGAAGCCCAACGCCAACGACGCCCAGGUCCUCAUGUGGAGGCCCAAGAGAGGGCAGCCCAUAGUGGUGAUACCUCCCAAGUAGGGCGUGCAGGUGAGCGCCUGGGUGCCCCCAGCCCCGCUGCAGGCGAACAGGGUUUCCGAGCCAAAGCAGACCUCUCGGCUUCUCCUGCCUUUGUUGUUGUGGUUGGAAACGUGGCUCCUCCUCGGUCAGAAAUAGAGCCUGGCUGGCACGAGGGUGCAGAAGAGGGUUUGCUGAGCUGGAGGAUUUCCCAGGAAGCAGAAUGGAGUGUUUGCAGCUGGCACAGAGGCUACCUGACGUAAAGGACUCGCCUUUCCUUGCGGGGCAGUGCGAGGAGCAGGAGUGUGGUUGAACCAUGCCCGUGGCAGAUGCUGUUUCCCACCCAGCUGGAGGGAGAGGAGAGGCUGCUGCAGUGCCCCAUGUCCCUGCUCUGUCCAUACCUAUGCAUUUCAGAUGGAUAACCCGCCCUGGGAUGGGAGCAGGCAGGAGGGCUGGCAGUGGGGUGGGAAUGGGCAGUGCUGGGGGGCAAGCAGAGCCCGGUGCUGUUUGCUCCCCGGGGAGCAGGACACGUUUUGCAUGCGUCUGGGUGUGUUUGGAGUAGUCGUGAGUGUAGGAGAUGCCGUAGCUCUUUUCCGUCUUGGAGUGAGGUCUGAGGGCAGGUUAGAUGUCCUUUUGUUUUAAGGUGCACUGAGUCUUUGCAGUUGCUCAGCCUCCCCUCCCAAGUCCUGCUGGCCCUUCUCUUACAGAAGCAGAACGGAUUCUCAGCCGAGUGAGGAGUGGGGAGCGGUGCCAUUCCCCCAGCCCAGGUGCUCAGUGUGUGUGGGGUACACAAGCCAGCUCAGAGGUACCCCUGGAGUCACUUUGCUUCACUGCAGACCCCACUCCCUUGCUAGAAGUUGGGUGCUUGCUUGUUUUCCGUGCAAAUGCUGGCUCACAUGGAGACCUCUUCCCCAGCCACCCAUGGAGCAGAGGGGCUACUGGCUGGGCCACCAGUGGAGGGGACUGCACGCCUUGUGGUAACUCCCCAAGCUCUGUGGAAGGCAGGGAUGUGAGUGGAGGCUGUUGAGGGCAGGCCUGGGUUUGCCUGGGAAGGAGGAGGUGAAUGUGCUGCCUGCUGAGCUUGAGAGGGGUCACAGGGGGAUUUAUUUGCCUUUCUCCUCAUUCCUUGCUGCCUGGAUGGCUGGCAUCAGCUGGUCCAUGGGGCAGCGGGGUGCUGGGGCAAUUCCCAGGAUCUCACCCCGGAGCUGCAGCAGAGGCUUAAACCAUGGUUGUGCUGCUGCUCUGGCUCCAUACUCCUGGGCAGCUGGUUACAGCUUCUGCUGCUUUCUCUGCUCUCUCCUCCCCAGUGUGAGCCCUGCAGCUCCUCCAGCUCGAAGCCCUGCCUUCUUCACUCUGCAGGAGGGAUUGGCUGCCCUGGGGAUGCAGGUCAUUCCCGGGACAUUCCUGCUGGGAAGGUCCCACGUGCUAUCCUGGGGAGGAGCCUGGGUGACACUUCUGUGCACAGGGGCUCUUGAGGCAUCUUAGACCAAAAAUCCCUGUGAAAUCCCCGUGCUAUUUAUUGCCCUCAGUAGUGUUUGCUGCUGAUGCAGUUCUUUAUUUAUUUUUUGUCUGGGAGCGUUUCCUUUUGACGCCUUGGCUCAACAUUUCCCUGUGCCGGGGCCGCUCCUGCUCCUCCCGCCCGGCCUCACACCGGGCUGGGAACCUGCUGCUUUCCGUGCCUAUGUGGGGGUUUAUAGGGGCUGCAGCCUUGCUGUGGGGCAGCUUGGGAGGGAGAGAGGGCUUUGAGCUUUGGUUUGCUGUGUUUUCUCCCACAGGGAGCUUGCUGGUGUGGGAAGAUGUCCUGCUCUUGUGAGACUGUGGCUUUGUCCUGGUGUGGGACUGAUGGCAGGUUUUGCCAUCACUGAUGUUUUGUUUCUCAAAAAGUGUGUGUGGAGAGGGGUUAGAAACUUGAAAUACAAUUUUCCUUAAGGACUGGGGGAGGAGGGGUAAGUACCUUUUGGUUUGAAGUAGGGCAGGUGUAUACUUUUGACCCAGGGGGACAAAAACAUAUCUGGCAGCAUCAGAGUUAAAACACCAGAGGAAGAGGUUCCCCAAAAAACAGGUGGCUCCCAGGGAGCUUCCUGCUGGGAGAGGAUGCUGUGUCCAGAGGCUGUGUGAGCCAGCUCCCCAAAACCCAUGGGAAAUGGCUGCAUGCUGCUGUCAGCCUGGGGAGCUGUCUGGGAGAAUGGGAACACUGCUGGAGGGGGGCUGUUGGACUCAUUGACACCUUUUGGGAUUUGCUGGCCAGUCUGAGCCACUGAGACAGCAGUAGCUGAAUUUCUGUCCAUGAAUGUCUGCAACAUCCUGGUGCCAGGGUGAGGCUCUGUGCCUGGCUGUAGCCAUGUGCCUGACCCCCCCAGGGCUGCUCCAGCCUGCAGGCAGGUGUUGGCUGAGCCCUGGGGCCAUGCCUGUGUUUUCACCUCUCCAGGCUUCUGCCAGACUUCCAUCCCUGCUCCUCUGAGGCUGGAUUUUUUGCACUUAACUCAGUUUGGUGCAUGGGUUGUCUUUGUGGGCAUUUCCCCGUUAAAAAAGAAAGGGGAGAAAAAAAUUGCAAAAAUUGUUUGCAAAGAAAUACGUGCAAGCAGCAUUUCCAGAAAGGUGCAGGCAUUUUGCAUGUUGGCAAAAGGUGUUCACACCAGGGUGGAGGUGGAGCUCUGGGGCUGGUGCUGCUCAAAGGAAGGAGGGGAGGUGGUGGGGGAGAGCUCCCAUGUGUGAGUCUGAGUUUGGCUCAUUCCCUGUGGCUGGAUGAGCACUCAGACCCCCAUGGGAUGCUUUCCCUGCACCCCCCUUCCCCACCAGCACCCUGUUAUCUCAGGGAGGGGCAGCUCAUGGAAAUGCCCAUCCUCAUGCUCCCCAUGCCCUGAGCCUCGGGGUGCCCUCAGCCUCCUCGGGUCACUUAUUUAUUUAUCUAUCUAUUUAUUUAUUUAUUUAUUGGUAUUUAUUGACAACUGGAAGUGGGGGGUGGGUGGGGAGGGGUAAUUUCUGCUGCACAGUGGGGGCAGCUGGGUCUCCCCCACACACCCAGCCCCCCCUGCAUUUUGGGAUGCUGCUGGGAGCACCUCUGGGGAGGGAUGCCCCACGCUCCCAUCCCCUUUUUGAGAGGGAGAAAAAAGAAGGGGAACCACAGUGGUGCCUGCGGGGAGGGCACCCUGUGUUCCUCCCCUCCCUGCAGGAGCUUGGUGCUCCCUCCUGUGCCCAUCCCUGUUUACUGACCCGGCCUCCUGGCGCUUCUCCCGCCGGAUUUGCUGUUUCCAGAGGGCGGGAGGAGCCAGGAUGGAUGAAUGUCACUACUGAGAACAGACCAAACCAGGUAUUCUGCUGCCGCGUGGGGAAAAUCAGAACGAGAGGAAAGCUGGUUUUGCAGAGUGCCUUAAACACAAAUGACUUUACCGAGUAGGGGGCUUGGACUUCUGUCUCUGGAUGUUAUUACCAACUCGAAAAGUGUUGCAUUUUACUUCUCUGGGAUUAAAAGAAAACUACUCGAGCUGUACUGGAGCCAAAGCUUGUGUUUGCUUGAGUCUCUCUGGCUGGUUUGUACCUCUGGGGCCACGGCAGCACCGUGGAGCAGGCAAAUUGAAUUACUGGCAUUUCAAUCAGCCCCUGCCUGCCUCAGCAGUGGCACCAGUGCUUGUCCCUGCUGGCUUUAAGCCCUUGGGUCUGCUGACAGGGUUUGCUCCACUUUGUCCUGCCUUGCAGUUGGCUUCUGUGAUGUCCCAGAGAGGUUGUGCUGGCCCUGCAGUGCCCUUCCCCAGGGCAUGCUCUGAGCAGGCUGUUUGCACAAAGGUUGCUGUGGGGCUGUGUCCGUGAGCUUCCAGAAAAUUGGGCAAAGCUUGGAGGGGGCAGACAUUCCUUUUUCCCUUAGGAAACCAGAUCAAAGCAAGGGAACAGCAAGAGACCCAGGAGUUCAUGCAGCCCAACCAUGGGAACUAGGAAAGCUGUCCAGCCUGAUAAAGCUGAAAAGCUACACAGAAAACAACGUGUUUCUUUUUUGAGAUUGUAGAUUCCCCCUCCCCUUUCUUGCAGAGUGGAAGAGCGAGAACAAAAGUCAGCCCAGAUACCAACUGUUCCCAUCUUCCAGUCAAAAUAAUUCAUGGGAAUAAUAUGGAAUUUCAUAACGAGAGUUCAUUUAAAAGCCAUUUGGGGAAAUACACCAAUAUUCACUGCAUAGGCAAUUAAAGAUUAAUAACCCCUUUUUUGUGGGGGGAGGGAUAAUGAAAGAGGGUUGUAGGUGUUGCCUGAGGUUUAGCCUGAAAGGGGGAUCUCAUUGCAUCUGAUGCACUGCUCACCUUAAACAUCAAACCUGCCAGUCCCCACUUGCUGGGAGGGUACAUUUGUGCCCCAAGACAGCUGAUUUCUUUAACAGCUGCUCCUUUUGGGUGUUGCUGGCUGUGCUGGGCAUUGAGGGAUGCUGGCAGCCACCCUACGAGCUAUUCAGUGAGCAGCUUCCUUUCCUACUGUUAUAUUAAAACAUUGCUCAUCUCCUGACAAAUCCCUGAGAUGGGGGUGUGGGAGAGCAGGCAGGAGUUUGCACAGCUCCUGUCCUGCCUGCUCAUAGCCAAGGGCAGGCCAGGCUGAGGCACAUUCUUCCUUCCCAGCAGGGGAAGCACGAGUGCCUUGUCUGAGACCGUGUGCCCUGGGACAACCUGUCUUUCCAAAAUGCCCUCCUUGCAGAGCAAGAACAAGGGCAGUUUGUGCUGCUGCCACCCCCCUCCAGAGCCUGGGCACAAAUCCCAGCUGCAUGGCCACUGUAAAUGCUGUGGGGUGCCUGCCAGCAGAGACACACAAGGGACACUGCUGGUAGUACUGAAGGUCAGUUUAUUUGCUUGAUUCCCUCUUCCACAAAACCUGGAAACAAUCACCUUCCAGCAAGACAUGAUAAAGCAGUUAAGAAGCGAGAGAUUUGGCUCUGCAGCUCCUCCCCUACUCCUGGGACCAAAGGUUAGAUGGCUGCUCUGAAAGGCACGCAGCAGCUCCCUGUCCCAGCAGGACACCCCUUCUUGCCACACCUCUGGGACAACCAUGGCUGGGAGCAAACGGGACA